AUGAUCCAGUCAACUAAUCUCACUGAGACUCAACAAACAAAGCUCCAAUCGCUUAUUGAUAAGCUUCCCGAAAUCAUUUCAAAUGCCGGCAGCUACGACGAAUUGUACGGUUAUCAGCUUUCCGAGGGCGAGUACCUUGAGCCAGACAUCCGCGACGAACUUACCCUCAAGUUUCUCGUAGCCAACGCUUACGACGUGCCUACCGCCGAAGCUCAGUUAAUUGCCACCCUUAAGUGGCGCCGGGAAUUCAAUCCUUUAUCCGCCGCCUACUCAGAGAAGCAUGAUGAUCUAUACAAUGCCAUUGGGCUUGUCACCAAGUAUCCUAACAGCAACAAGUUCCCAAACACUCACGUUGUGGUGUGGAACUUGUACGGCGCUGUUUCCUCGCCAAAGCUCUUGUUCCAAGACUUGCAGAAGUUUAUGAGAUGGAGAGUCGGGGCUAUGGAGCGGACCAAGUUUAUGAGAUGGAGAGUCGGGGCUAUGGAGCGGACCGUAUCGCUCUUGGACUUUACAUCCAAGGACAGCAACCAGAUGGUCCAGAUCCACGACUAUGAGAAGGUGAACUUUUUCCGAGUGGAUGCGGAUAUGCGUAAGGGAACUGCGGAGGUGAUCAAGACCUUUCAGCAGAAUUACCCCGAAUUGAUGUCGCUCAAGUUUUUCCUCAAUGUUCCAACAAUCGUCAGCUGGGUCUAUGGAUUUGUGAACAUGCUCGUAGCAAAGGAGACGGUGAAGAAGUUCCACAUGUUGAACAGUGGAAACGUGACGCCUUGGUUGAGCGCCGUUGACUUGCCGGCAAAGUAUGGGGGUGAGCCCAAAAAUUCCACCCUCCAGCUGCAGAAUGUGAUGAAUAAAGAUGUGGAGAUGCCAGCAUAUGCCCAAGUUUUGCUCCAUGAGGUGUUUGAGGAUGCGGAAGAGCAAUAA